CUGUUCCUCUCCCAGACUGACUCCCAGUAUAUAUCGCGAGAUAGGGAUAGGAGGCAGAAAAAUAGUCAUAUUUUAGCAACAACAAUUGUUACAAAAUGAUGAUAAUAUCGGGUAUAUAUAGAUUAUUUUUUAUCAGAGUAAGUGAAUGAAAAUGAUGGAGCGUAAAAUAUUGAGCCAUAAAUAAAAAUUCUAAUGCAAGGCAUACGCAAGAUUGCUAUCAAGCUGUUUUAUUAAUAGCUGGCUAACAAGCUAGCUAGAUGGUUAGCUAACCACAUAUAGCUAGCUAGGUUGCCAGCUACCUGUAUUAGCCCGUUUGCUAUCGUUAGUCUGGGAGCAAUAACGAUUAAACACCUAGCUAGUUAACUGUAAAGUGGACUUUAUUUUGAAGACAAGCGUGUACAAGUGGGCUAUUGUCGUUUUAUCACAGAUGUGUGGUGGACUGUAAGCCAGGCUGCUAUUUGUCAACAUCAUCUUUUUACCCCUCUCCCUGUCCUAUACCUUUUCCCUAAACCUUUAAACAUUUUAAAUGGUACGAAACCAUGUAGUAACGAGACCGAGCCUUUAUACUUCUACCUCUUCUCAGUCUUUGCUCAUGGGUACUGCUGUCUUUUAUUUCCAUGUUUAAAUGGGGUGAAUGUACUCUGUGCCUGGUCUACUACAGUACUCAAAUUCACACCCAUUUGUAUGUUAUCUCCAAUGCACAUUAGUGUGUGUGCUCCCUGGCCCUUAUGCCAGCUGUGCUUUCACUCCGGGUUUUGUUAGAAAACUUUAAGUGAUAAACCAAUCAGCUGCUAGCUAGUAGGCUAGUCAGCCAAUCCUUCCCACCGACCCCGUCCCUUGCAAAAUGAACGGCUCUCUAUUAACCCCGCCCAGCCCACGGGCAGCCAACUCUUCCCCACUGCCCCCUUCACCCUCCCCGUCCCCUCCUUCACCCUCCCUUUUGCCCUUGUCCCUUCGGCCGCCCCCUCUACCCCCUCCCCUCGCUCAGCCUCACCCUUCCUCCCUAUCGGACACUCCCACGCCCUCUCCCUCCCCCUGCCUUAGCUGGACCGAGUUCUGUGAGCUUCACGCUCGCAUGGCGGCUGGGGACUUCGCCCGGCACUUCCGGGCGUUCCUCCUUGAAAACCCACACUACUCCCCUGACUCUGCCUCUGCCUUCUGCCGCCGCUUCACCGACCGCUUCGUCCGCCAUUUCCAGAGCGAGCUUGAGGGGGUUGUGGUCGCACCGGGCGCACCCCCUGGGAUGGAGGCAGGGAGCUGGGCUCCCCAAUCAGACGCCACCUCCCUGGAAGAGGAAGCAAUCUCCCCUCCUCCUGUGGCAGAGGGAGCCUCCUAUCACCCUUGUGCUCCAGCCAACCAGGCGCGAGCCUUGCCCAAGCCUGCCCCCGUGCGGCUGGUAUUGGAGACCCGAAGCGGGGACCGGUUUCAAGAUUCUUAUGCUGUCACAGCUGUCCUCCCCCCAUCCUCCUCCUCCUCAUGCUCCUCAUCGGUGGGAGGAGGAAACAACGGCAGGCGUGAUGAGAGGGGGGCCACGGUUUCCGUCAAACACUUCCCCGGACCUGGCAAUGGUGAAGCGACGGCCGAGGAAGAGGAGGACAGCUGGGUGGGGAUACCUGUUGUGGGUGAGGAGGCAGAGCCAGACGAGGUGGAGGCGGACAUUUGCCUAGACAAUUCAGCCCCCUCUCACCUGACCGGGACCCCUGCCUCCCUGUUGUCCGACACGCCCCCUCCCUGUGCCAAGGGCAACGGUGCCCCGGCGUCAGCGGGGAGCCAGUCCAAGGCCAAGCUGAAGAAGCGCUUCUCCCUGCGGAGUGUCGGACGGAGUGUGCGGGGCAGUGUCCGGGGAAUCCUGCAUUGGCGCAGCUCCUCCAGCGACGCCUCCCAGACUUCAUCCCAGUUGCCGUCCAGCUACAGCUACACCAUGGGGGUCCAUGACGCCGCCGGCGGCUCCUCCUCUAAGAGGAAUUUUGCCACCCAGCCCCCCACGCCCACCUCCUCCAUGCCCGUGUCCCUCUCCUUGCCACUCUCCCUCCCCCACUCUUCCUCCUCCUCCCUGCCCCCGUCCUCCUCCAGCAGCGCCACCUCCCUCUCGCUGUCGGAGGCGCGUGACCGCCGGCGGAGCAAUGGCGAGGGAGGUGAGAAGGAGAAGUGGAGCCAGCGGCUCGAGAAGCUGCGCCUGUCUCGCUCACCGCCCCCCAUCCUCUCUUCUGCGCCCCCCUCGGCUGUGGUAUCACCCGCCUCCGGAUUGCCCCCCAGCAGUAUGGCCCAAAGGAAGACAGGGCGGCUUGUGCGGGAGGGAGGAGUCAGCGUCAGCUCCUCCAAUCCAGAUGAGUUUACCGGGGGCCACAGUGGUUUCCCUGGCUUCUCCUUUGGCCUACUGCACCACGGCACCCAGGAACACAACAAUGCUGGCACCGGCCUAAACAACACCAGCUCCACGGCCCUGACGGCUGUAGCGCCACCUCUUGUUCCUGGGGGCACUGUAGGCUGGAGGGGCGGCCGGUGGCACAAGUGCCGCCUAGUCUUGAGGGAGAGGGACAAGGAGGGGGAGCGGGGCGAGGAGUACUACCUGGAGUUCUACAUCCCUCCUAAGUCCUCCAAACCCAGGCUGACUGUCCCUUGUAGUUCUGUAGUGGAUGUGAGGAGCACCACAGCUCUGGAGGUGCCAGACAAGGAGAACACCUUCCUCCUGCAGUUGGAGGGACAGUAUGUGAUUGAGACACGAGACGCUGUGCAGAUGAGGGCCUGGUUGAGUGACAUCAGAAACGGAAUAUGCAUCAGUGAACAGGAGGACACGGAAGGUGCGUGUGAAGGACCCAUGAACAUCAGCGGAACGCCUGAAUUCAGUGACCGCCUUUCUCAAGUGUGUUACGGGGGCGUGGGCGGCUCGUCACCGCUUAUGGACCCUCUUCCCCCAGAGUUACCGCCCCGAGCCCCUCUGGAUGAACUAGACGGGCGUGGGGGUGGUGCAGGCCUGGGUACACCAUUCGCCGAGACACCGGAUGCCACAGGCUCGUUCCUGUUCUCGGACACAGUGGUGACAGUGGAGCACCCCCUGAGCGAGUGCCAGUGGUUCCACGGGACGCUGUCGCGCCUCAAGGCGGCCCAACUGGUGCUGGCAGGGGGCCCAGCCAGCCACGGCGUAUUCCUGGUGCGCCAGAGUGAGACGCGGCGUGGAGAAUACGUCCUCACCUUCAAUUUCCAGGGCAAGGCUAAGCACCUGCGUCUGUCCCUGAAUGACGAAGGCCAGUGCCGGGUGCAACACCUGUGGUUCCAGUCCAUAUUCGACAUGCUGGAGCAUUUCCGUGUGCAUCCUAUCCCACUGGAGUCCGGCGGUGCUUCCGAUGUGACUCUCAUCAGCUUUGUGGGCGCCACCGCCGUCCGGCAGCCAGGCCGGGACAGGGCAGGCAGCCGGCCCACAGUCUGUGAUGUCAUCAGCACGCGCCACCCUGACUCUCCAUCAACCCCCAUCUCUGACUGUGUACUUGACCAGCAGACCCCGUAGCCCCCCCUUGCCGCCCCCUCCACCGCUGCCCCCCGGACGGCCGCCGCCUCCAAGCCCACCCCUAGAACGAGGAAACGAGACAGAGCUAGC